CGGGGGAGAGGUUUUCUACUUAAAUUGACUCUCACUUUAGGUGUGCCUUUACACACCCUGUUUGCUGCCUGCACCUCUCGACACAGCCUGGCAAAUCCCGAUUUUAUUUGAGAGAGAGAGAGAAUAUGUGCACAGAGGCAGUUUGAGAGGGAGAAGCAGACUCCCCACUGAGCAGAGAGCCUCAUGCGGGCCUUGAUGCCCAGGACCCUGAGAUCACGACCUGAGCCAAAGGCAGACGCUUAACCAACUGAGCCACCCAGCAAAAUUGAAUUUAAUCAUUUCCUGACGAAAGAAUGCAAUUUCAACUGGCCCUCUUUUGGCACCUUGGGUUGCUCAGUUACGUGAAGGCCCAGGAUGAAUGCAAAAGGGGCACCUGUCAUCCUACCACUGGCGAUCUCCUGGUGGGUCGUGGCGCACAGCUCACAGCUUCUUCUACCUGCGGGCUGGACAGAGCCCAGAAAUACUGCAUCCUCGGCUACCUUGAGGGGGAGCAAAAAUGCUUUGUCUGUGACUCGAGAUUUCCAUAUGACCCGUACACCCAAUCCCGCAGCCACACCAUCGAGAAUGUAAUUACAAGUUUUGAACCAGAGAGAGAAAAGAAAUGGUGGCAAUCAGAAAAUGGUGUUGAUCAUGUCAGCAUCAGAUUGGACCUAGAGGCAUUAUUUCAGUUCAGCCACCUUAUUCUGACCUUUAAGACUUUUCGGCCUGCUGCAAUGUUGGUUGAACGCUCCGCAGACUAUGGACACACCUGGAAAGUGCUCAGAUAUUUUGCAAAAGACUGUGCUGCUUCCUUUCCCAAUAUCAUCGGCCAGGCCCAGGGAGUGGGAGACCUUGUUUGUGACUCCAAAUACUCGGAUAUCGAACCCUCAACUGGUGGCGAGGUCGUUUUAAAGGUUCUGGAUCCCAGCUUUGACAUCGAAAACCCUUACAGCCCCGACAUCCAGGAGCUUGUGACGUUAACAAACCUGCGGAUAAACUUUACCAAACUCCACACCCUGGGGGAUACUUUGCUUGGAAGGAGGGAAGAGGAUGCCCUUGAAAAUUACUACUAUGCUGUGCAUGCGAUGGUGGUGCGGGGCAGCUGCUUUUGCAACGGCCACGCCAGCGAGUGCGACCCGGUGCAGGAGGCCCGCGGAGACGUCUUCAGCCCGCCCGGCAUGGUGCACGGUCGGUGCGUCUGCCAGCACAAUACAGACGGCCCGAACUGCGAGCGCUGCAAGGACUUCUUCCAGGAUGCCCCGUGGAGGCCGGGAGCGGGUCCCCAGGACAGCACCUGCAGAGCCUGUCACUGCAACAGCCACUCUGACCGCUGUCACUUCGACAUGACGGCCUACCUGAGCAGCGGCGGCCGCAGCGGAGGGGUGUGCGAAGCCUGUCGCCACAACACCGAGGGCCAGCACUGUGACCGCUGCAGGCCCCUCUUCUACAGGGACCCGCUCAAGGCCAUGUCCGACCCUUACGCGUGCAUCCCUUGUGAAUGUGACCCGGACGGGACCUUAUCGGGUGGCAUGUGUGUGAGCCACUCUGAUCCUGCUUUGGGGGCUGUGGCCGGCCAGUGCUUGUGCAAGGAGAACGUGGAAGGAGCCAAGUGUGACCAGUGCAAGCCCAACCACCACACACUGAGCGCCACUGACCCUUUGGGUUGUCAGCCCUGCAACUGCCACCCCUCCGGGAGUGCGCUGCUCCCAGCCUGCGACGUGGAUACAGGCCAGUGCCUGUGCCAGCCCUUUGCCACCGGGCCACGCUGUGAAGAAUGCGCUGUUGGGUACUGGAGAAUGGAAGAUCACCUCCACGGCUGUUCCCCCUGUGACUGUGACAUUGGAGGUGCUUAUUCCAACGUGUGCUCCCCCAAGGAUGGGCAAUGUGAAUGCCGCCCACACAUCACUGGCCGCAGUUGCACCGAACCAGCCCCAGGCUACUUCUUUGCUCUUUUGAAUUUCUAUCUCUACGAGGCAGAGGAAGCCACCCCACUGCAAGGACUUGCACCUUUGAUGUCAGCCGCAGCUUUGCCUACAUGUGAUGUGUAUUUCCAGCAGCAAGGGAGUGAUUUCAUAGUUGACAAAGGCAAUAUAAUACUGAAGAGAAAUCAGAAGCAGAGUGGACGUGCUGACGAGUGGAGUGAGGGCUCAGUGACUUCUGGCCAGGCGCCUGUCGUUCACGUUGUUUUCCGAGAACCAGUGCCCGGGACCCCUGCUGCGUGGACUGGACCUGGAUUUGCCAGGGUUCUCUCUGGGGCUGGCUUGAGAUUUGCAGUCACCAACAUCUCCUUUCCCAUGGACUUCACCGUUGCCCUUCGCUAUGAAACUCAGCCCACAGCCGACUGGGCCGUCCAGGUCCUGGUUAACCCCCUUGGAGGGAGCAAGCACUGUACGCACGAGACUCCAUGGCCACGGCCACCACCUUUCCCUCUACCGGCGGCUUCCAGAAUCGUGCUGCUUCCCACACCCAUCUGUUUAGAACCAGAUGUACAAUAUUCCAUAGACGCCUAUUUUUCCCAGCCUUUGGAAGGAGGGUCCCACGCUCAUUCACACAUCUUGGUGGAUUCACUUGGUCUGAUUCCCCAAAUCAAUUCAUUGGAGAAUUUCUGCAGCAAGCAGGAUUUAGAGGAGUAUCAGCUGCACAACUGUGUUGAGAUCGCCUCAAAGAUGGGACCUCAGGUGUCCCCCGGUGUGUGUGAAAGGCUUAUAGUCAGCAUGUCUGCCAAGCUGCACAACGGGGCUGUAGCCUGCAAGUGUCACCCCCAGGGCUCGGUGGGGCCCAGCUGCAGCCGACUUGGGGGCCAGUGCCAAUGUAAGCCUCACGUGGCCGGGCGCUGCUGUGACAGGUGCUCAACUGGAAGCUACGGUCUGGGACAUCAUGGCUGUCACCCAUGUCACUGCCACCCUCAAGGCUCAAAGACCACUGUAUGUGACCAAAUAACGGGACAGUGCUCCUGCCAGGGGGAGGUGGCCGGCCGCCGUUGUGACCGGUGCCUGCAAGGCUACUUCGGAUUUCCCAGCUGCCGCCCUUGCCUUUGUAAUGGGUUCGCCGAACUUUGUGACCCAGAGACAGGGUCAUGCUUCAAUUGUGGGGGUUUUACAACUGGAAGAAACUGUGAAAGAUGCAUCGAUGGUUACUAUGGGAAUCCUGCUGCGGGACAGUCCUGUCGCCCUUGCCCAUGUCCAGAUGUUCCCUCGAGUAGCCAAUAUUUUGCCCACUCCUGUUAUCAGCAUCCUUGGAGCUCAGAUGUGAUCUGCAAUUGUCUUCAAGGUUAUACAGGUAAGCAGUGUGGAGAAUGCUCUGCGGGCUUCUAUGGAAAUCCCAGAGUUUCGGGAGCCCCUUGCCAGCCGUGUAUGUGCAACAACAACACCGAUGUGACAGAUCCGGAGUCCUGCAGCCCGCUAACCGGGGAGUGCCUUAAGUGUUUGCACAACACUCAGGGACCCAACUGCCAGUUCUGCAAACCAGGUCACUUUGGAUCUGCUCUCAAUCAGACCUGCAGGAGGUGCUCCUGCCAUCCUCCUGGUGUGAAUCCGGCUGAGUGUCCCCCUGGCCUGGGAGCUUGCCUCUGUGACCCUGACACUGGCAUGUGCCCUUGUCUGCCCAACGUCACGGGCCGGACCUGUGACCGCUGUGCAGACGGAUACUGGAAUCUGGUCCCUGGCAGGGGGUGUCAGCCAUGUGAUUGUGACCCCCGGACCUCUCACGGUGGCCACUGUGACCAGCUUACAGGCCAAUGUCGGUGUAAAUUAGGCUAUGAUGGGAAACACUGCAGUGGAUGCAAGGAAAAUUAUUAUGGUGAUCCACUGGAGCAAUGCAUUCCAUGUGACUGCAGCAGAGAAGGUGCCCAGAAGCCCACCUGUGACCAGGACACGGGCAUGUGCCGCUGUCGGGAGGGAGUCGGCGGCCCGCGAUGCGAUCGCUGUGCCCGGGGUCACGGCCGGGAGUUCCCUGCCUGUCCGCGGUGUCACCAGUGCUUUGAUCACUGGGACCGCACCGUCUCUGCCCUCUCCGAUGCGGUGCAAGGGUUAAUGAGGCUGGCUGCUAACGUGGAAGAUAAAAGAGAGACCGUGCUGGUCUGCGAGGCCGACUUCAAAGGCCUCCAAGAGAACUUGUCAGAAAUAGAAAGGAUUCUGAAACAUCCUGUUUUCUCAUCUGGGGAAUUCUUAAUAGUCAAGGAUUAUCAGGACUCCGCGCGGGAACACGCCGCGCAGCUAAGUGUGCAACUGAAAGCCAUGCAUGAGUUUCCAGAUCUGAAAGGAAGGCUGGGAAGCAUGAGGGAUGAAGCAGACCUCUUACUGGAAGGUCUUCAGAGAGAAAUCCACCUGCGCGCCCGAGCCCGUGACACGCGCAUCGUGGAUUCCUCAGAGAACAUCAAGAAGCAUUAUCAGAGGUCAUUAUCUGCUGAAAAGAAAAUUAAUGAAGCCACUUCUAUCAUAAAAAACUCUGAAAAAAUCAGGAAUGACUUACUUACCAUCUUUGAUAGGCUAAGCUCAAAAGAAAACUCAUCAUUGGAAAAAUUACAGCAGAUUACGGUACCAGAUAUCCAAAUAUUGAACAAAAAGGUGUGUGGAGAACCAGGGGACAUGCCGUGUGUGCUCUCAUCCUGUGAAGGCCCCAGCUGUCACGACUUCCUGACCCUCUCAAGCAAUGCCCUCCAGCAAGCUCAGGAAGCAGAGUCUGUGAUUCAAAAUUUGAGUGACCAGGUCCAGGGUUGGAAGAACCGUCUCAAAAAUGUAAGUAAACUGGCAGAGGUCUCCAAAAACAAUGCCUUACAACUAAGCGAGAAACUGAGGAAUAUGAAAAACCAAAGUGAAUCUGAGAAAGAGAAAAUGAGUCUUUUAAUCAAAAAGCUGAAAAAGUUUUUGUCAGAGGAAAACGUGCCUCCAGAGGACAUAGAGAAGGUUGCAGAUCGCGUACUUGACGUCCACCUACCAACGACAUCACAAAAUCUAACCAGUGAACUUGACAAAAUACAGAAGGUGAUGCAGCUCUGUGAGGACUACAGGACAGAUGAGGACAGGCUGCGCAAAGCGGUCGAUGGAGCCCCAAAGCUUUUGUUAAAGGCAAAGGGAGCCGAAGAAGCAGCAAAUGUUCUAUUAAAUCUUGACAAAACGUUGAAUAAAUUGCAACAAGUUCAAGUCACCCAAGGACGGAUAAAUACCACCAUCACGCAGCUGACUGCGGAGAUAACAAAAAUUAAAAAGAACGUACUGCAGGCUGAAAAGGAAGCCAAGGACUCGAAGAAUGUGCUGGACUUAGCAAAGCAGCCUUCAGAGCUGGAGGAUGGGCUUUCCCGGCUGCGGACCACGUUGCAAAGGACUGGAGAGCGAGCCACCCGGGUGACAGCUCAGGCUGCAUGGGCCCAACGCCAGGCCGGGGGCCUGGAGCAGGAGUUUGCAGAGCUGAAAAACCAAUAUGCUGUUCUUCAACGUAAGACCAGCGCUAUGGGACUAACCAAGGCGACGUGGGAAAGAGUGGAACGGCUAAAAGACGUGGCAGGGAAACUGGCCGAGGAUACAGAGGACAAGAUAAGAAGAAUAGCAGAUUUAGAAAAGAAGAUCCAAGAUCUGCAGCUGAGUAGACAAGAAAAAGCUGACCAACUGAAACAGUUGGAAGAUCAAGUUGUUGCCAUUAAAAAUGAGAUCACUGAGCAGGGAAAUAAAUAUGCUACUUGCUACAGUUAGGCAGAGGUGACGUGCAAAGUCACCUGUGCCUUCUUUUCUGGCAUCUGACAAAGAAGCUUCAGGAGCAGAGCUGAACUGGGGAAAGGGCAAUGGUCAGCCCCGCCUCCUCUGCCUCCGGGAGCCCCGCUCCUUGCCCUGGAUUUGAGCUGGGCCAAGCAAAUGCUGUUCCACGUGGAAUAGAAAGGAGGAAGUAGAGACACGGUUUCUGGCUUCAGAAACCUUUCUUCUUGCCUUCCUUUCCCUCCCAACACAUAAAAAUAAUUUAUUACGUGUGACAAGUACAAAAUAAAUAAGCAUUCUAUUCAUUAAUCAUCACUUCAGUCAAGUGAGCCUAAGUGUGAAAUAAGUUGCCAGGGGAGGGGGGCAGGGGGGCAAUGGGUUACUAAUCAAUGGGCAUAAAAUUCUGGUGAAGUAAAAUAAAUUCCAGGGUUCUGCUAUACAUUGUGUAAGGUCAACAAUGCAUUGCAUACUUAAGAGUGUGUUUGGAAGGUAGAUCUAUAUUCAAUGUUCUUACCACAAUAAAACAAAAUAAAAAUAAAUGCAAGCAAAUUAAGCCACAAAUACAUCAAUGUUUCUAGCACUAGAAUGGAAUAAAUCUGGACCGUGUCCCGUGGGCGAGAUUGUCCCGUGUUUUCUUUUUAUUUGGAUAUGCUUUAUCUAUAAAACGAUUAUUCUGAAUAAAAUGCAUACAAUUCAAAAUGCAACUUGUUUUUACACCCACUUCCCUCUCUAUUCAUUCUCCCAAUCAAAAUUCUGUUUGCCCCAAAUGGCACUGGAACAAUAUUCAAAGAGAGAAAUGUUGAGCUACUUUUCAUAAUUUGUCUGUAAGCAGUUUUGCUGUAAAAUCUGCUACUGAUUUUUGAAAGACCAGCAAUCCUUUCGUUAUUGUUUAGUGUGAAAUUGUCUCAUUUUGAAAUAAGUCUAUGAUUUCACAUUAACCUUUUCUGGAUGUAUUAACUGAGCACACUGCUUCUGUUUGUGAAAGCAAUACUUCAGAGGGAUUAUUUUAAGGGAUUUGGCCCCACGUGUUUGAAUAAGAAAUAAUAGAUGCCAACAUUGAUAUAUAAAAGAGGAAAGCAGCUGGAGCCAUUUCCCGUAAGGACUAACUCAUUAAAAAAAAUGGGUUUAGGGUCGUCUGGGUGGCUCAGUGGGUGGUUGAGCAUCUGCCUUUGGCUCAGGUCAUGAUCCCGGGGUCCUGGGAUCGAGUCCCACAUCAGGCUCCCAUCCCUGCAUGGAGCCUGCUUCUCCCUCUGCCUAUGUCUCUGCCUCUCUCUGUGUGUCUCUCAUGAAUAAAUAAAUAAAAUCUUUUUUUAAUGGGUUUAAAAAUUCAAUGAAGGGGCUUUAGGAUUAUACAUAAAACAUAUAUUAUUUAGGAGAAUUGCAGUUUCCCUGGAGAUCCUGAAGAAUGAAAUGAAAUUUUUUCUACUGGAAAGCCCACCAGAAAUUUCUUUUGAAAUGUAUGAUUGCAAUGCUCUAUCUACCCAGCACUUUGAUGUCUGGAAACUUCUACCAACAAAUGUCACACAAACUGAACCAUAGUUGGAAAAUAGGCGAUCACAAAAUCUAAGUUGUGUUCUCCCGUGUAGAGGGUGGAAGAUACUCCAGGCUUCCCAUCAGGAUACUGACUUCCAUGCUUGGACAGACGAUAGACUUAACUUGACAAGCAUCGUUAUCUGUUUGCAAUAGGAACCCUCAACUGUUCUUCCUUUUCAGUGGUUGGAGACUAUACAAGUAACAGCCAGAGGGAUCCCUGGGUGGCGCAGCGGUUUGGCGCCUGCCUUUGGCCCAGGGCGCGGUCCUGGAGACCCGGGAUCGAAUCCCACGUCGGGCUCCCGGUGCAUGGAGCCUGCUUCUCCCUCUGCCCGUGUC